AUGCGUUCGUUUAUAAUUUUGUUCUUGGUAGCGACAAUAGCUGUUGCUCUUGCUGAAGACAAGCCGCAUUACGAUUUGGAGAAAGCUCCUGAGCUAUUCGAAAAAUUUGUAAAAGAUUUCAACAAAGUUUACAAAGAUGACAACGACAGGGAAGUGCAUUAUAAGCAAUUCGUAAAAUCGCUUGAAACCGUAAACGAACUUAAUGCUAAUCCUGAUGAUACAGCAUCAUAUGGAAUCAACCACUUUUCAGACUACACGCCUGAAGAACGGAAACACAUGUAUGGAUUGCUGGUUGAAUAA